AGCAGGGAAACUGUGAGAAAGAGAUAAUCGCGCCGCACUCACCCAAGGGUUACCUGUGACACCCUCGCAAUGACAAGAGGGUGCAGCAAAGGGGCAACGUAAAGGGACUUUGGAUGAUAUUAUUCCGUCGUUUUUGGGCGUAGGCCUACAUUUUUGAUAUUCGUGAUCCGGAGGACCUUGGGAUUUACCUGCGGCCGUGUUGUUCGACCGGGGAAUAAACUAACUUUUCAUCACCUCGCUUUAGUUGCAUGCAGCCGUGAGUGUGUGUGUGGGGGUCGGUGUGUGUGCGCGCGCGUGUGUGUGUGUGUGUGUGUGUGUGUGUGUGUGUGUGUGUGUGUGUGUGUGUGUGUGUGUGUGUGUGUGUGUGUGUGUGUGUGUGUGUGUGUGUGUGUGUGUGUGUGUGCGUGCAUGAUGAGUCGGAGAACGCGGCGCUGGAUAUUAAGGGUUUUACUUUGCCUAGGGAUUGUUUAUUUAAAAAUUGGUGGCUUUUCGUCGGUGGUCGCCCUAGGUGCGAGCAUCAUCUGUAACAAGAUCCCUGGUCUGGCCCCACGGCAGCGGAUCAUCUGCCAGAGCCGCCCCGAUGCCAUUAUCGUCAUCGGAGACGGAGCCCAAAUGGGCAUCAACGAGUGUCAGUUCCAGUUCAAAAACGGCCGCUGGAACUGCUCUGCGCUCGGAGAGCGGACGGUCUUCGGAAAAGAGUUGAAAGUGGGAAGCAAAGAGGCGGCAUUCACCUACGCCCUCAUAGCGGCGGGCGUGGCCCACGCCAUCACGGCGGCCUGCACCCAGGGGAACCUGAGCGACUGCACCUGCGACAAGGAGAAGCAGGGCUACUACAGCAAGGGCCAGGGCUGGAAGUGGGGCGGCUGCUCGGCGGACAUCAGCUACGGCCUGGGCUUCUCCAAGGUGUUCAUCGACGCCCGCGAGGUCAAGCAGAACGCCCGCACGCUCAUGAACCUCCAUAACAACGAGGUGGGCCGCAAGGUCCUGGAGAAGAACAUGCGUCUGGAAUGCAAGUGUCACGGCGUCUCGGGCUCCUGCACCACCAAAACCUGCUGGACUACACUUCCCAAGUUCCGCGAGCUGGGCUACAUUCUCAAGGAGAAGUACUCCCACGCCGUGCACGUGGAGCCCGUCAAAGCCAGCCGCCACAAGCGUCCCAAGUUCCUCAAGGUCAAGAAGCCCCACUCCUUCCGCAAGCCCAUGGACUCGGAGCUGGUGUACAUCGAUCGGUCCCCCAACUACUGCGAGGCGGACCACACCACGGGCAGCCUGGGGACGCAAGGCCGCGUGUGCAACAAGACUAUGAUGCAGCAGAUCAGCGGCUGCGACCUGAUGUGCUGCGGCCGCGGGUACAACACACACCAGUACUCGCGGGUGUGGCAGUGCAACUGCAAGUUCCUGUGGUGCUGCUACGUCAAGUGCAACACCUGCAGCGAGCGGACAGAGGUGUACACCUGCAAGUGAGAGUAUUUAUGAGGACGCCGCCCGUGGGCAUGUGUGUAGGUUUGUGUGAGUGAGUUUGUGUGUGUGUGUGCGGGUUUUUGUGCGUGCGUGUGUAUGUGUGAGUGCAUGCAUGUGUGUGUGUGUAUAUGAAUGCUAGCUUAUUUGUGUGUGUGUGUGUUUUUGUUUUUUAUGUCUCUGGGAGUUUUAAGUAAGUGUGAACGUUUAGAGGAACUCUUAUGUACACUGUACCACGGCUGGAGACUGCAGCCCAGCCAUAGAUAACCAGAACUCACUGUUCCAGCAGGGACUCGAAGACGGAGCAUACUAUUUGUUUUGCACACAAAUCCCCAACAGUCCUCCUCUGCGUGGAUGUCGUUUUGUUCUCCUUCUGUUAGUGUGCCUGGGAUUGAAUAAUGAAUCAGUGCUAGAGAAGGUUCCUCAGUGAAUUCCUUCUCCCUGCUGCUGGCACCCCGCGACAGCGUGACUCAUUAAGAUGACAAGUGGACUCUUCAAAAGACCUUAAGCUAUGGAGGCGUAUCAACACUCUGAGGAAAUAGUUAAUGCCAAUGCAAAUAAUCGCAGGCUGUGAUUGUUGGACAGUGCAAACUGCUGUUGGUGACUGGCUGGCAUUUCAGCCUGAUAGAAACGGCAGCCUUUGGGCAUAUUUAACACUGUAUUUAGUAAUGAAAACAAAAUAGAUAUUGUUAAUUUAUUCAUUAAAAAGACUACUGAUUUUGUCUGUUAUUGAAGAAAAUUGAUGACAGGUUGUGGUUGUGAAAGGUAUACUUUGUGGGAUUCCAAAACAGGAAAAUUUAAAAUGAUCAAAAAAUAAAACGUGGAUUUAUGAGCGUCAAGUGAAAUGCAAAAAAAAUGAUUACGACAAAUCGAUCAAUGAAUGAUCAAUGUAUUGAAAAAAAAUCUCAAGUAUUGGCCAAAAAGAUUGAUUUGAAAUAAAAGUAAUUUGGUAGUGCAUGCAAUUGAAUCACAAAGUAUACCUCUCAAUAAUACAUUCGUAAUGGAUCAGUGCAUAUAGGUACACACACUGUAAUCCCGGGUUGGGCUUGAAGCCGACCGUGACUUCAUGCCUUGACCUUCCUCUCAGUUGUCAUCCCCCCAACCCCCCCCCCAUCCUCUUUGUUUGCUGCUAGUCUAGAAAAGGUAUUCUGAGGUCAAAGACUGUAAACUCCCAUCAAGCUCACACACUUGUUUAACCAGACCCAGCAUUGGCCGAUCAGUAACCCUGGCACAUUUCCUCCUCUUCUGGUAAAUAGUGGUUAAUAGAUUAUAUUUUGUGAAAUGCUAUUUUUAUAUGGAUGUCUUAUUUAUAUCUCUUCUACAUAUACAGCAGUGGCCCUUUCAUCACUGUUGUUAAACCCUUCUAAGCUAAUAACGUUAUGUUGGUCCCUCGCUGUCACUGCCAUAGUUGUAUAUUGUAUGUGAUAGAAAAACUGUUUGUAAUAUGUCUGUGUUCACUACUGUGUUUACUGCCUUUCAUGACUACUACCGAUGGAAUACAGAAACAGAUUAUCACCUACAA